AUGGUCGCUCCACUACCAUCUUUCAUUCGUAACUGGUUCUAUGGUACCAUGCUAGUUGCUGGCUGUCAGUAUUUUGGCAUGGGCAAUAGAACAACUCCAUAUAUCCUCAGUUUGAAUGCCGGUGUAUUGGCUUGCCUUCUUUUCAUUCAUUUUUUCAAGCCUGAGAUGAUGCCCGAAGUGAUGCGAGACCCUGUACCAGCGCAAGUCAGUGCGACAACAGCUGAAAAUCAAACUGCAAGCAAGGUUGGAGGCAAGUCUGACAGCAAAUCGACCAACAAGAAGAGCAAAAAGACGAAUUGA